AUAAAAAAUAAAAAAAAACACUUUUGCCAACGUAGCUAACUAGCUAAGAGGCUAGCCCGUUAGCAAACGAGCUAAGAGGCUAGCCACGUUAAGCGAACACUCUUUCAAGUUUGUUGGCAAACAAAGUAAUGUUUUAAAAGGAGGUAGUAAGUGUUAUGUGUGUAUAUAAAUAUAUAUAUAUUUUUUAUAAAUGACACAUUGUAAGUGGCUAAUUUUAAAAUAUAGAGUCUAAGCGCGCUUCUUUCCGGUUCCCCUGCUCCCCCGGCCUCCACCCCCACCAUCGACCCUCCCCGCCGGCGACACAGUCCCCCGCCUUCCCGCACUCACCUCCUGGAGGUCUGGUUGUGGUACGAGGACUGUGUCGGUCAUGGCUUUCACGGCGUCUCUGGGCUGGGCGGCUCUCCUCCUGGCCGCCUCGGUGUCGCUGUGCUGGGCUCGCUCGGACGCACCACGCGGGGUCGCGCAGGGCUUCGUCUUCGACCCGAAGGCGACCUGCGAGCCCCGGUGCGCCCACGCAGGAGUCUGCAUCCGCAACAACACUUGUCUCUGCGCCACGGGAUACGAGGGAGACUCCUGCCAGUAUGCCAACUGCUAUCCCAAAUGUAAGAACGGAGGCGUGUGUCUUCGUCCUGGAAAAUGCCGCUGUCCUCCAGGAUUCGGAGGGAGGUACUGUCACAAAGUGACGUGCGACGGCGGAUGUUGGAACGGAGGCGAAUGCAACGCCGUCAACGGAGUGGCCAAGUGCAUCUGUCCUUUCAGCUGGACGGGCUCCAAAUGCCAAGAGGCCAUUUGUCCCCAAGGCUGCAGGAACGGGGGUCUCUGUGUGGCUCCUGGAAUCUGCAGCUGUCCUGAAGGCUGGCUGGGCGGCGCCUGCCACGUCGCUGAGUGCACGGUGCCGUGCAUGAACGGAGGGAAGUGUAUCUCACCUGACAAGUGCCGCUGCCGUCCUCCCUACUUGGGCCCUCGCUGCGAGGAGAGGAAGAGACGCCACUAAGGGUCAAGGGUCACCGAGAGUCCUCGGCACAGGAGGUCAAUGUAGAUUAGUCCAUUUAUUGACUUGUAAUCAUUGUCGGAGCCCUGCUUCGUGUUUCUUUGUAUGUAACGUGUGUAAAGGAACCAUCUGAAAUAUCCCACCAUACCAAAAUAAAAUCAUAGAAA